CCUAUCUCCAUCUUUGCUUUGCCCGCUGCCUGACUGACUCUCCAGCGCAUCUCCUUCUCUCUAUCUUCCGCUCUUCCUUCCUUCCUUCCUUAGGUUAAGUUUAGGUUUCAUGGAUUUCCUUUCCCUUUCUUCUAACCUUCGAUUGGAUUUGAGUGUGAGUGCAUACAACGACUAGGAUCUAUCUCCGCUGAAUUCAGAGUUGCUGACCUCGCUUCUUGUUCUCGAUUUCUCAAGAUUUCAUCUCAUUUCGAAUCCUUUCCUUUUUGUCAUUUGCUUGCUUUGCUUUGGGAGCUGAGUUCACAGGGACAAGCACGCCGACUGGGGCUGGAUGCUCUAGGAAACAAGGAGUGCCCGGGAUACUUUCUGAUUCUUCGUUUGGUGGGAACAGGCUUUGUUCAUCCAAAAAAGCAGGCAGCACCCCAAUGAAAAUGCUGAUAGAUGAUGAAGUCUCUGGAGAUCUCAUUCCCAAGCAUACAUCUCCCGGUAUUGUAGGAAGGCUUAUGGGCCUUGAUACGAUGCCUUCGUUUGGAGUUCAUAGCCACAGUACUUAUAGUGGGAGCCAUUCCCAUAACAUGUCUCCAGGGAGUUCUAGUGAUAAAUAUGGUUUUUAUGGAGAUGUUUCACAUAGGAGAAGCACUGACGAGAUUCCAGAAUUCAAAGAUGUUUUUGAAGUUAUGGAGGCCACAAGAAUGAAGAACCAGAGCCAAAAAUCUAGACGCAGUAACAUCUAUUCUGGACUUGACAUGGUUAACAGUGCUGACAUGAAUUUCGUAAGGCAGAAAUUUAUGGAUGCCAAGCGUCUUUCUUCUGAUGAAUCUUUCCAGAGAUCGAAAGAGUUUGAUGACGCACUUGAGGCAUUAGUAUCAAAUAAAGAUUUUUUGCUGAAAUUUCUUCAAGAGUCUGACCAUAUUCCCACGAUUGACCUCCCUGAUCUCAGUUCUCCAUUUUCUUCUGUAAACCGUAUUACAGUAUUGAAACCAUCCAGAAGAAGCAAAUUUAUUGAUGCAGAUGUUAUCUAUCCACUGGAAGAAGAUACUGAAAGGUGUUACUGUGCUGAAAAAGAAGAGAAGCAUUCUCCACGGAAGCCUUGUGUUAGCCUUUCUAGUCAACCUUCUAAAGAGGAAGCUGGUUCUUUCAGACGAAAAUUGUCAAGGUCAAGCUACCAGGAAAGGAUUGGCACACAUGUUUCUCCCACUCGCAUUGUUGUCUUGAAACCAUGCCUCGGGAAAAUUGAGAACAUGGAAGGAGCAUUUUAUCUAACACAUGAAAUGUUUCAAUCUAGUUACAGAAAGCCCAAAGCACCCCUAGAUGAUGACAAUGGCACUCGAAAUCCACGUACAGAAGAAUAUAUGUAUCAGAUGUCAACAGGAGAAUCUGAUGUGCUAGGCCGUAGUGGAAAAGGGUCAGUAGAAAUUGCCCAUGAGGUUACAAAACAAAUGAGGAGAGCUGUCAAGGGAGGCGUAAGUGGAAAACGAAUACUCAAUCCAGAUAUUGGGAUGUUUAACUGGGAUGAGCAGGCAUCUUCAUUAUCGUCCAUGGCUAAACUAAAGAGUUCAGAGGCAUACCAAAGAUCAACUGGUCGCCAUGAUGCUCGGGAUGCUCCCAGUUGUGGUUAUUCCCCAACAUAUUCAGCUAAAACAUCGAUUAGGAAAGAAGCAAAAAGACGCCUCUCUGACAGAUGGAAGAUGACUCGCCAAUAUCAACAUCCAUCACAAGAUGCUAAUACAUUCAGUACACUAGGAGACAUGCUUGCUCUCUCUGACAAAGAGGUAUCAAAACUUACUUCUGGAUCAGCAGCUUGCCGGAAAUGCCCAAAGGGAGAGUUGCAUAGGGAUGGAAUGCCUGGGUCGUGUGGUUAUCCUCUUGGUAUCAGCAGUAAUGAUGGUUGGAAAGAUGAGAGUGUAUGUAAUUCGACAAGGUUGAAGUCUCUUUCUUCUUCAUCCAUCACCCGAAAGAAUCCAAAGUUGAGCAGCAGAAAAGAGAACUGUAGGCAUAAUGAGAUCUCUAUACUCAAAGACAUCCUCGUAGUGGGACCUAAUAGUUCAGAAGAUGAGCUAGUUCACGGAAGAUCAAUGAGAUCACCGGUCAGAUGUUCAACACAUCACAGCGAUGAAAGUGAUGUGCCGUCCCUGGAGGGAGAAGAAAGUGCGGUAAUUGAGCGUGAGAUACAUGUGAAUUUUGAGGAACUAACCUGCAGCACUUCUGUACCAGAUUCAUCUGAAGAGAGAACUGUACAGCCUGCAAGUUCCAACCAUAAAUUAGGUGCUCAAUUCUAUUCGGGUAGCAGUUGUGUGGUUCCAGAAUGGCAAGAUGAGGCCCAGGCUUCUGCCGCACAGAACCUGGUGAUGCACCAAGAGCCAGUAUUGACACUAGACAAUCAUCAUCUUUCCUCUAGCCCCAGAGACUCUGCAACUCAGGCUGAGAGAAACGCGCAUGAUCAAUACAAGGGUAAUCCAACCCCAUCCAGUCCUUCCAUAGAAUUAGUGUCCCACAUGAGCCACCAUGAAGAUGAUCAGCCUAGUCCAGUGUCGGUUCUUGAAUCUUCGUUGGACGCAGAAGAUGGUUGUUCAGGAGGUUUUGAGAAAAUAAGUGCAGAUCUGCAAGAGCUGAGGAUGCAACUUCGACUUCUCAAGAUGGAGGCCACUGACGAUGCAGACGGAACCGAGCUGAUUUCAUCGAGUGAUGAUGAAAUUUCUGAUAGCUGCAAACCACUUAGUGAGACUGGUCAGGCAUCCGACACCUUUUGGGAUGCAGAUGAAAGGGAUGUCUCUUAUGUCCUUGACAUGCUCACUUGUCUGGGCAUUCAGAGUGAUGAGCAGGAUUUUCUACUCAAUGCAUGCUAUUCAUGGGAAUGUCCUGCGGGCGGUGCUAUAUAUGAGAGUCUUGAAAAGAAGUACAGCAGGCUCAUUCUUUGGCCACAGUCGGAGAGGAGGCUCCUCUUCGAUCUGACAAAUGAUGCCCUUAUGGACGUGAUUGCUUGUUUGACACAUUGUGGCAGCCAGUGGAUGCUGAAGAAGUGGCAGUCCAAAUGGGAUAAGGAGGGGGUUCUGGAGGAGGUGUGGGGAAGGGUGUGCCGACAACGCCGGGAGGCAGAAUGUUUCCAAGAGGAAAGAUUGAUGGGUGUAGGGUGGUUGGAUUGCGAAGAUGUGACCAAUCAGAUUGUGGGGGAGAUCGGGAGCAUGUUAGACGAGGAUCUCCUUGAAGAAGUAAUAGAUGAUUUGCUGUUGUGACUGAACCGACGAAGAUUUUGCUGUCCGUUCUUAAUGAGAAAGUUAAUUUUUAGGGAGGAGAAGCACCAGUACAGUAGUCGUAGUGAGUAUAUUAUAGGCUGAGGCAGUGGCUGCUCUAACUGUAUAAGUAGUAUUCCUUUCAUCUGCUCUACUGAUUACCCAACCCUAUAUUACCAUAGCUUGUGUUACUGCUAUAUCGUGGGAUCAUAAUGGUACUAUUCAUGUUGAUGUCGUUAUCAAA